AUGAGCUGCUUCUCACGCGUCAUCGCACGACCUAUUACCUUCAUCUGGGAGGAUGCACCCCUGCAGGCUGCACGGGACAGGAUGGACACUCUGGCCGAAAUAUGGGAGACCCUGCCCAACGUGGUGGUAAACGGUCCGGGGCCGUACCGUCCUGCAUACGGUGCAUACUGGUCGCAUAUGCGCCGCAGAGCGUACUACGCGGACACCCUCCCCACGUACGUUCCUCUCCCAAACCGGGAGAACGACCCAGUGGUUCCUACGACGCGUUCCCCGCGCCGCCGCGAUGGCUUCGCUCGCACCGACAGCACGGGCUCGAUGCCGUCGCUGAUGAGUGACGACCCUGCCUUGGAUUCGCCUCUAUCCUGCUCUCCUGUGCUCUCCCCUCCGGGAUCUCCUCCGCCCACGGGGUUCUCUGCCACGGCCUUCCUCGGCUCUCCCGGAUACUUGGGCGGGUUCGCCGACGAGCAGGACGCCCGCCCCGACCUUAUGAACAUGCAGCUGAAAUGGCGCGAGCACUUCGCGCGCAUGGGCGACGAGUCCUGCUCCAGCAGCAGCAGCAACGACAGCGUGAAGAGCGACAGCGGCCCGCCCACCCCGGGGAACGUGUCCCCGCUCCAGCGCAUCCCGCGCCAGGUCCCCGCCGCCGCCCCGACCCCGCGCGCCGCGUCGAAGACGUCGCGCCUCAGCCAGCGCGUGCGGACCCCGCCUGCGCUCAACACCCGCGCGCUCAAGGCGGAGACACUUCUGGCGAAGCUUCUUCGCGGGUCCUACGACGUCGAGGUGGGACACACCGAUGGCUCCGCGCUCUCGGACGCGGAGUCGGGAUUCGAGGGGGAUGAUGAAAGCGACGAGGGUUUGGCCGGCAAGGGCGCGGCCUACGAACAGAGCUAUGGUGGCUAUGCCCUGUGCGAGGCGCGGGUGGACCGCGACCAGCGCGACCCGUUGAUGAAGAAGACGUAUGCAGCCGUCGCUGCCGCUGCCUCGUGGGCUGACGACGUCGGUAUCGUACGCGGGGAGGCGGCGAUCGGAGCGGGCGUCGGUAGUGUCGAGGGGACGAAGGACUGGACGAGCAUGUUUGAGCGACGGGGCCCAUUGGUGGAGGUCGUCGACGUCUAAGGGUCAAGCAUCAGAGCAUGGAUUGGUGCUUAGGCGAAAAUGAGGACCC